AUGACUACUCCUCCCCACAAGACUUUGCUGUCUGAGGGCAUUCGCCCUGGUACCGUGCUCAGGAUUCGCGGUCAUGUCCCUGACAAGGCUGGCAGGUUCCACGUUAACCUGCUGUGCAAUGAGGGGCAGAACGCCGACACCGCGCUGCACUUCAACCCCAGACUGGACACCAACGAGGUGGUCUUCAACAGCCUUGAGCGCGGCGCCUGGGGCCGAGAGGAGCGCGGCGGGGGCCUCCCUUUCCAACGCGGGCAGCCCUUCGAGGUGCUCAUCAUCGUCACCGACGACGGCUACAAGACCGUGGUCGGGGACGCGGAGUACCACCACUUCCGCCACCGGCUGCCGCUGACCAGCGUGCGCGCGGUGGAGGUGGGCGGGGACUUGCAGCUGGACUCGGUGCGGAUCUUCUGA